AUGCUCACGAGCGAUGAGAUGAAGGCCUCAUUGGCUGGACAAAGUCUUGACACAAAUGCUGCUCUUCCCCUCUGCCCUGCUGUUCCCCUCUGCCCUGCUCUUCCCCUCUGCCCUGCUGUUCUGUUCCCCUCUUCCCUGCUCUUCCCCUCUGACCUGCUCUUCCCUCUGCUAAUUUUUGCCUCCUUCCUCGUUGUGCCCACCCACAACACCGUGAACGUGACCAGGUGCUAUCCCUUUCCUCCUCCCACCUCCCGUCUCCGUCCCUGUUCUCCCCUCUUCCCCCACUCCCGCCCGGAACAUGGUCAACGUAACGAGUCACUUUUGAGAAUUCUCAAAAGUGCCUCCCCACCCUCCCCCACCCGGAACACGGUCAACGUGACGAGGUGGUUUCAGGACGACCUGAAGCUGAAGGAAGAGGACUCAGACUUACUCUUCCCUCUCUCCCCUCUUCCCACCCCCUCUCCCCCCACCCCCCCCUCCCCCCCUCUCCUACUCCCCUCCCCCUCUCCUACUCUCCUACCCCCCUCCCCCCCUCUCUCCCUCCCUUCCUCUCCCCCCCUCCCCCUCCCAGAACAUGGUGAACGUGACCAGGUGGUUCCUGGAGGACCUGCAGUUGAAGGAGGAGGACUCGGUCGUGGUGAAGAUGGAUAUAGAGGGGUACGAGUGGGAGAUACUGCAGCACUGGCUGUCCAACCCUCUCCCCCCCGUCUCCCCCCCUCCCCGUCCCAGAACAUGGUGAAUGUGACCAGGUGGUUGCUAGAGAACCUGCAGUUGAAUGAGGAGGACUCGGUCGUGGUGAAGAUUGAUAUAGAGGGGUGGUUGCUAGAGGACCUGCAGUUGAAGGAGGAGGACUCGGUCGUGGUGAAGAUGGAUAUAGAGGGGUACGAGUGGGAGAUACUGCAGCACUGGAUCUCCAACCCCUGCAUGGCAGCGAUCGUAGACGAGCUGUUUGUUGAGGUGCAUUAUCACCAUCCGAGCAUGACGGAAUUUAUGUGGACUGAGGAAUAUUUCAUCCACACACGUGACGAUGCGACGAGGUUGCUGACUGACUUGAGAAAGGCCGGUUUCUACGUGCAUCCCUGGCCGUAG